UUUCGUUGUGUGAACCCCAUUUUGUUUCCGUUAUUGCAACGAGCUAUCUUACUUCAGACGCCGAUCAUUACUUCUUCUAGUGAUUAGAGUGGUUUCGUGUCGCAAAAGCAUAAGAUAUUUGUGGACAAAACAACGUUUUCUACGUAUAUUCAGUAUGGUAGGGACAAGGGUCUAUGUCGGUGGGCUUCCAUACGGCACCAGGGAAAGAGACCUUGAGAGAUUUUUCAGAGGCUACGGUCGAUUCCGUGAUGUUCUCAUCAAGAAUGGUUACGGCUUUGUUGAAUUUGACGACUAUAGGGAUGCAGAUGAUGCAGUCUACGAGCUCAAUGGGAAGGAGCUCCUAGGAGAAAGAAUUACUGUAGAGAGGGCCCGGGGGACACCUAGGGGUAGUGACCAGUGGCGCUAUGGUGACUCCCGUGGUGGUUAUGGGGACUCGAGGCGAUCUGCCCGAGACGAUAUGCGGCACGACAGAGAUAGUGUGAACAGAAACACGAGGACUGCAUCUAGCUACAAGCAAUCAUUGCCCAGAUACGGACCACCAACACGCACUGAAUACCGCCUCACUGUGGAAAAUCUCUCGAGUCGCGUCAGCUGGCAGGAUUUGAAGGAUUAUAUGAGACAAGCUGGCGAAGUGACAUAUGCAGAUGCACACAAACAGCGCAGAAACGAAGGAGUUGUAGAAUUUGCAACAUACUCUGAUUUGAAAAACGCCAUCGAUAAAUUAGAUGACACAGAAUUGAAUGGACGUAGAAUCAGACUCAUUGAAGAUAAGAGACGUGGUCGUCGCUCAAGAUCCUCGAGUUCGAGAUCACGGUCACGGUCACGAUCUCGAUCUCGUCGCCGAUCCCGCUCCCGCUCAAGGUAUUAUCGUCGUUCUCGAUCCCGAUCAAGGAGUCGCCGUAGCUCUCGCAGCCGUAGUCGUCGCAGCAGUCGUUCCAAAUCAAGGGCACAUACUAAAUCAAAAUCAAAGUCCAAAUCUAAAUCUCCCGAACGUAGCCGAACCCGAUCUAAAUCCAAAUCAAGAGACCGCUCAAAGUCGAAAUCUAAGUCAAAGUCCAAAUCCAGAUCUCGUUCUAGGUCCAAGGCUGAGAGGUCAAAGUCCAGGUCGCAGUCCAAAUCCAAAGCCAAGUCUCCCUCAAACUCUUCUUCCAGAGAUAGAUCUAGUCGCGAAAGGUCAAGAGGCGACAGAUCAAGAUCCCGAUCGGGCAGCAAACAUAGCAAAAGCCAUAGCCGUUCUCGAUCACCAAUGAACGGUGACAAAUCACCAGAGAAUAAUAAGCAAAAAGCUGAUUAAAGGACACUUGAAAUAAGAGAAGAAAGGACUUUUAUCUUGGGAAGAAAAAUAUUGGAGGAGAGAAGUUUUUUCUUUUUUUUUUCUUUUUUUUUUUGUUUCCUCUUCUUUUGUCUACGAUUAAAUACAUUCAAGAAGCCAAUUUUUCAUGCUUUCGUUUUUAAGAGACAUCAAUUUUUUUUUGUGACAUCAUUACUACUUGUAAUUAACAUGUACAUCGUUUUAAGGAUAAGCGAAAUUCCAAAAUCUUGUAAAAUGUGAAACAGCGAAACAAAAAAAUGUAUGUAAUUAACGAUCGGCUUAAGUAUAAUUAAAUAAUUGUACAUGAUUUACUUAAUCUAACCAAUAUGUACAUUGGUUGCACGUAAUUUUAACUGUACACUUAUCUUUAAAAAAAACCACUCGCAUUUAGAAAAAUAAGAUGUCUUCAUAUGUACCUUCAAUGGAUUCUACACAUUUUUUGAUGUAUCGCCAUAUAACGAGGAAUUUCCAAUGGCUUUUUGUAUAUAUUCCUAACUGUCACAUUGCAAACAAGUCAAUUGUGAUGUGUAUUAAAUUUAGUGGUAAGAGGUAUCUUAUUAUCAAUAAAAUUUCACGCCAAACUUA